CCAAAACAGACCAGGACUUCAGCAAAUAUGGAGAACCACUGCAAAGCACAACCUGCAUGGGCAAAAGAAGAAAAGGAAAUAUUAGAAUCUCUGCGAAUGAAAGAAAAUUAUGGAGAACUGGUGCCUCUUUUCAUUAAAGAGGAGCUAAAAAAACUAGGAUCACAAAUAAAGAGUGAACAAGAAGAAAUAGAACUUCAGCAGGUAAAAGAGGAACCAGACCCUUUGCAGAUAAAGGCCAAACAAGAAGAAAUAAAACUUCAUCCAAUGAAGGAGGAGAGAGCAGAGCCCGAACCUCCACAGAUAAAAGAUGAACAGGAGGAACUCAGUAUAGCUUUAAAGAAAGAGCGGCUAGAACUAAAACAGCUGACUGAUACCUGUACAGUGAAUACCACUUAUGAGGAAAGGGACCUCUGGGAACCAGAUUCAAACAGGGAGCUUCUUCUCGAGAUAUCUUUAGAACCUGAGAACAAAGAUCAUGAAAUGGGCAAUGAUGAAGAACUGAAUCAAAGUGAGAGGUGUCAGAAAACCAUACAUCAAGAUGACAAUGUAAACAAUCCAAACACAAAACGAUUGACGAAAACACACAUGAAUGAUAAUUUGUCUUCUUGUAAAGUAUGUGGUAAGUUAUUUGCACGGUCUUAUUUGACAGAACACAUGAGAAUUCACACAGGUGAGAGGCUUUUCUCAUGUGCUACCUGUGGAAAAAAUUUUAUUACUGGAAGUAAGUUAAAAAUUCACAUUAGAACUCACACGGGUGAGAGGCCUUUCUCAUGUUUGACUUGUGGAAAAAGUUUUAGUGAUAGAGGAAAUUUGUCAAAGCACAUGAAAACUCAUUCAGAUGAGAGGCCAUUCUCAUGUUUGACUUGUGGAAAAGGCUUCACUAAUAAGGGAAAUUUAUUUCAGCAUGCAAGAACUCAUACAGGCGAGAAGCCUUUCUCAUGUUUGACCUGUGGAAAAGGCUUUGCCCAGCAAAUUCAUCUGAAUGACCACAUGAGAGUUCAUACAGGUGAGAAGCCUUUCUCAUGUACAAACUGUGGAAAAAGUUUCAGUGAAAGAGGAAAUUUAUUUCAGCACAUGAGAACACAUUCAAGUGAGAAGCCUUUCGUGUGUUUGACUUGUGGAAAAAGUUUUACCCAGCAAAUUCACUUAAGUGAUCACAUAAAGAUUCACACUGGAGAAAAGCCUUUCUCAUGUUUGAGCUGUGGAAAAAGUUUUCGUCGUAGUAGUCAUUUGACUGUUCAUAUGAAAACUCAUCCAGGUGAGAAUUUAUAAGUCAUAAGAUUUAUUUUUAACAAUGGAAGUACCAGAUGUGAAGUACUUCAUAGAAACCUGCCUUCUUUGGAUUUAGGCUUUAGCCAAUAGUUGCUGGUUUUCUCUAACAUAUCAAAAUGUUAGACUUUUGAUCUGGUCCACUCAAACAAACAUGACCUCCAGGGUUUGUGUUUAAAACUAAAAUUAAAUAAAAAUUUAGGAAAUGGUUAUUUUGGCUAUACAACUUGAUGUUAUCUUUUUUUACAUUUAGAAUGUAGUUAAAGUAUUUUUGAUAAAACUAGUUUUAUUGAAAAUACAGCAUCUUAGUAGAUGCUCGGAAUAGUUGUUAUGGUUCACACUUCAACUUCUGAUUGGUUGAGCAGUAUCUCUUGAUAACUUGGUACUGUGUAGUGCAUUAUCUGGGUGAUCUAAGUCCAUAAUCCCAGUUGCACUUUAGAAACCAUCAAGAGAAUUUUGCCUCAAAAGGUCAGAGAAGACUUACCAGAUUUCAAAGACUUAAUUGAAUUAGUUGAUUUGUCUGACCUGUCCUUCCAGCCAAGUGAGACAUACAUGGGAGAACAGAACGUGAACAGAUAAGUAAACAGCUAUAUUUGUAUCUGGUGGUUCUGGUUGUGUCUGGUUUUUUUGUUGUUGUUGUUUUGGUUUUUUGCUGUUUGUAAUUUUUUUUUUAUCAAAACAGGUCUCUCAUGAACAUUGGAUCUCAACUGGACAACCUGUAUAAAUAAAUGCCAAAUUAAUAAAAAUAAUAAAGCAGGUAAUGGAGCACAGAGCUAUGUCUAGA